GCGCUCAAAUGUUUUUCCUUUUCAAAAAAAGCUGCCGAGGGUUAGAAGUUGGCGAAGGGAGGGGAAGGCAAGGAGAGUUUGAGAGGAGGAAAGAGGGAAAGGAGAGCCAGGGCGGCGGGGAAAGCAACCCAGGAACGGACAGAGAGAAGGAAGCACAAGAAGCAAGCGCUCUCUGGACUUGUACGUUAUUUUUUUUUCCAGCAGCGAGGAGAGGAGAAAAGCAGUCGCUUUUGCCGGGCGCCGCUGCUGCUGUUGCUUCCGGUGUGCGUUUACACUGCAGCACUAACGCAGUUUGACACCGCUGUGGAACCAAAUGGAGGAACAGUUCGGAAGGAGCACCAGCCCAAUGGACAGAGAAGGCUGAAGGACGGGUCAAACGGCAUCUCCCUCGGCAGUUCAUAUCGGUCCCAAGUUGUGGAAGGCGACGAAGAAAGGCCUCCCUGCCCCGGAAGACGGACACGCGGGAAGGAAGGAUGCAAUCUCGCGUGGGGAUGCCCACUCGUGCCCGUGAUCAACGGAGAGUGAGGCCCCUUCUACACCUUCCAUAUCAUCCAGAUUGUCAAAGCAGAUAGCCCACACUAUCUGCUUUGAACUGGUGCCCCUUCCACACAGCUGCACAAAAUCCCACAUUUUCUGCUUUGAACUGGAAUAUAUGGCCGUGUGGACUCAGACAACCCAGUUCUAAGAUGAUAUCUUGGGAUUUUCUGUGUUGAUAUGCUGGGAUAUAGAGCUGUGUGGAAGGGCCCUGGAUUAUACGAGUCGACACUAAAAUCCAGUUCAAAGAAGAUUUGUGUGUGUGUGUGUGUCUAGGAUGACUUGAGAAACUGCAAGUCGCUUCUGGUGUGGGUGAGAGAAUUGGCCGCCUACAAGGACGUUGCCUAGGGGACGCCUGGAUGCAUGGCGUUUUACCAUCCUGUGGGAAACUCCUCUCAUGUCCCCGCAUGGGGAGCUAGAGCUGACAGACGGGAGCUCACCCACGCUCUCCCGGAAUUCGAACCCGCCAUCCUUUCGGUCAGCAGUCCUGCCGGCACAAGGGUUUAACCCACUGCGCCACCGAGGACUCCAUCAUCCAGAUUAUCAAAGCACGGAACCCACUUUAACUGUUUUGAACUGGAUCAUAUAAAUCGACACUAUAAUGCAAUUCAAAGCAGAUUUGUGUGUGUGUGUAUGUGUUAGGAGCGACUUGAGAAACUGCAACUUGCUUCUGGUGUGGCCGCCUGCAAGGACGUUACCCGGAUGUGUUUUUUUUUUAUGUUUUACCAUCCUUGUGGGAGGCUUCUCUCAUGUCCUCGCAUUGGGAACUGGAGCUGACAGACAGGAGCUCUCCCUGCGCUUCGAACCACCGACCUGUUCGUCAGCAACUGCCGGCACAAGGGUUUAACCCAUUGCGCCACUGGGGGCUCCGUGAUCCAGAUUAUCCAAGCACAGAACCCACAUUCCCUGGAUUGUAUGAGUGGAGACUAUAAUCCAGUUCCAAGCAGAUCGCCUGGCUGUUCUGCGGCGGUGCAGCGAGAGCGCGAAAAGAUCCUCUGGAGAGACUUUGGCAGGCGAUCAGCUGCCGGCUGGGCUUAACCCUCUCGCUGCCGAGGGAGCGGACUCGCCUUUGGCGGACCAAAAGGAGAGGAAGAAAGUGGGGAAACGUGUCAGGAAAGCCAGGAAACAACCUACCCUGCUGGAUCCCCCUCUGGACUUGCGUGGAAAGCGGCGCUGGAAGCGGCAAAGCAACCGGUGGGUGUUUCUCCCCCUUCUCCCUCGCCUCCUUUUCCUCUUCCUUUCCCCACCUUGGGCUUCACCUUCUCGCCUUCCCUUCCUUUCUCCGAGGAGAUACAACCCGGUCCCGCCCGAGGUCCUUUUUGGGGGUUUUGGGGGUGUCUUUAGCCGGAGGUGCCUGCCUCUGCCUCGCCUUUGCUGCGGCGAGCGUCACGUGUGAACCCGAGGGGCGGGCUCUUGGCACGGAGCUUUUUUACGAGUAUUUACUACCAGAAGGUCUUCUACUCCAGGAGAGUAGUAGCUAUCGCAGCACAGCACAUCCCCGCUGGGGCUGUCACUUCCGAUGGCCAUGCCCGGCUAGAGAGCGAAACGGGGGCAAGGAAGGAAGGAAAACAAACCCCAAAAGCUCACCGUAAUAACAAUAAUAAGAGGGGAGGGAAGGGGGGAUAUAAAUCCGUCCCCAGAGCAAAAGGAAUGGCCGAGCCUUUGGCGAAUGAGUUGUCCACCGCCGCUGCCCGAGGCGACCUGGAGAGAGUGACUUCUCUGCUGGGGAAGAUCGGCGACGUCAAUGCCAGGAAUGGCUUUGGCAGGACGGCGCUGCAGGUGAUGAAGCUGGGCAACCCGGAGAUCGCGCGGCAGCUGCUCCUCCGCGGCGCGGACCCGGACCUGCGCGACGCGGCGGGCUUCUCGGUGCUGCACGACGCGGCGCGGGCGGGCUUCCUGGACACGCUGCAGACUUUGCUGGAGUUCCGGGCCGACGUCAACGCGGAGGACGGCGGGGGCAACCUGCCGCUGCACCUGGCCGCCCAGGAGGGGCACCUGCCCGCCGUGGCCUUCCUGCUCGAGCGCACCGCCGCCACCCGCCUCGGGCACCGCAACCACCGCGGAGACACCGCCUACGACGUGGCCCGGCUCUACAAGAGGCACGCCGUGGCCAGGCUCCUGGAGGGGCGCCGCGGGGAGCAGGGCGGAGGAGGGGACUGAACCCGGCCCCCACUCGGACACGCCUCGCCCGCCUCCCCUUUCCUUCUCAAAUGCAGACAUGGGGGUGGCUUGGUUUGGGCGCCAAACCGGCCACGCCAGUAGCAGCAGCAGCAGCUUUCCGUCCCUUCGCUUUUGCUCUCUUCACUUAAAACUGUCCAAUCCAGGCACUUUAAUUCCCAUUGGCUCAAGGCUACAGGACCCGAAGGUUAGCCCUGUUUCUGGGCGUAUUUGACCCUCUGUUUCCAAAAAUGACACCCGGUUUCCUCCUUUUAGUUCAAGUGUUUGAGAUAGAUGGCAUCUGCCAGUGAGCUCAUUACUGGCAGAUGCCAUCUGUCUCAAACACUAGAGUUAAUACAGUUUGGAUCCACUUUAAAUCCACUUUAGGGAGGGGCCUUUAAACCGCUCAGCCAGACAGGUCCUGGGCCUCACCAAACUACAAACCCCCGAAUCCUGCAGGAGGCAGAAACCGGAUUUAACGUGGAUAAAUAAAUGCUCAAGUGAGAUGAGACCUUCCAGUCUUCAUCUGCUGACCUAUAGAAAACCACCUAACCAUAUCGAGGGCCCAUCUGCACUGCCAAAUAAUCCAGUUUGAACUGCAUUAUAAUGGUCAGUGUUGACUCAGGCCCCUUCAACACAGCUGUAUAGAAUUCCACAUUGUCUGCUUUGAACUGGAUUAUCUGACUGUGGACUUGGAUAACCCAAUUCAAAGGAAAUAUUAUGGAUUAUCUGCCUUUUAAAAAAAUAGAAUUUUAUUUUAAAAUCAUAAAACACCCACAAUACACAUUACAAACAUAUACACAUAUAUACAACCCUCCACCGACAAUACAAUUACACAGUUCAAAGUAGGGGUUAUCUGACUUGAUAAUUUGAGUUAUAUGGCUGUGUAGAAGGGCUCUCAGGCCCUUUCUGAGCCUUCUACACUAUCAUAUAACCCAGAUUAUCAAAUCUGACAAUCCACAUGAUCUACUUUGGAUUGGAUUAUAUGAGUCCACACUACCGUAUAAUCCAGUUGAAAUCAGAUAAUCUGGAUUUUUAUAACAGUGUAGGAGGGGCCUCACAAUGCAGAUUGAACUGGAUGUAUGAGUCCACACCCAUUUCCUUCUUAGCAUCCCUUCCAAUUUCUGAUCUGGUUUCUUGAUUACAGUCUCAGCACCCCAAAUAGCCCCAGGAACAGGCCCCAGAACCAAGAAAUGUUUGUUGUUGUUUGUAAGGCCAGAUCUACACUGCCCUACAGUGCAGUUUGAACUGCAUUAUAGGGGUCUACAGAGACCAUAUAGCUCAAACUGCAUUAUAUGCCUGUGUAGAUCCAGCCUAAGACUAUACCUCCCAGGAUUCCAUAGCAUUGAGUGAUGGCAGUUAAAGUACAUCUUUAAUCCUAUCCUGUACAUCAGGCUUGGGCAAACUUGGGCCCUCAAGGUGUUUUGGACUACAACUCCCACCAUUCCUAACAGCCUCAGGCCCUUCCUUAAGCUUAAGCGGCCUAGGGGGAAAAGGAAGGGUCUGAGGCUGUUAGGAAUGGUGAGAGUUGUAGUCCAAAACACUUGGAGGGUCCAAGAUUGCCCAAGCCUGGUGUAGAUGCACCAACUCUCUCUCUCUCUUUAUCUUUUGGAUUUAUUCCCAGAAUUGCCAAGCCAAAUCUUGAGGGUUCUAGAAAGGUAUACCUCUAUGCUUGCCUAUGUUCUGUGCUUGCUGAUGUCUUUCUUUCAAAAAAAAAUUUACUGUGAUUACCAUCCCCUCCACAUACAUACCCUUAAAGAGAAUCAAGGCUAAAAUAAUAUGAAACUGCAUGAAGGAUUGUGCCAUGCUGUGAAAGGGCUUUGUGCCCUGAAAGGGGUCAAGUGGGGGGGGGGGGGCAAACAACUGCAAACUUCUGACGGUGUGGAAAGCAAUGCUUGAUGCAAUGUGUGACACUAACAAAAGCCUGCAGAAGUAAGGCAUCCCUGAAGCUGUUUACUGGGGAUGGAGUUGUAAUUAUUGUGGUUUCCCUUUCUUUCUUCAAGAAUCUGUAUUCCUUAGGAAUGAAGUUCUGUUGAAGUCCAAGCAACUUUCAUGUGAACCUAUGAGUACUGAAGGUGAUUUCUUCAGUAUUUCUCCUUGGGGAGGAAAGAUGGGAGGCUGCGGAGGAACACACAGGUAUCUAUAGCUGGAUCUGCACUGCCAAAUACUGCAGUUUGAACUGCCUUAUAUGGUCAAUUACAUUAUAUUGCAUUAUAGAUCCAGCACAUAUGUCUUUACUGCCAAAUAAUGCGUUUGAACUGCAUUAUAUGGGCCUAUAAACAGUAUUAUAUGAGUUUGUGUACCAAUGUAGUUCAAACGCCAUUAUUUGGCAGUAUAGGCUACUGACUAUAUAAUGUAGUUUAAACUGCAUUAUUUGGCAGUAUAGAUAUGUGUUGGAGCUACAAUGCAAUAAAAUGCAAUUUUAAAUGCCUUAUAUGGUCAAUGUAAAUCCAUAUAAUGCUUUUUGAACUGCACUAUAUGGGUCUAUAUACUGACCAUAGAAUGUAGUUCAAACUGCAUUAUUUGGCAGUAUAGAUAUGUGUUGGAGCUACCAUGCCAUAUAAUGCAGUUUGAAAUGCUAUAUAUGGUCAAUGUAAAUCCAUAUAAUGCUUUUUGAACUGCACUAUAUGGGUCUAUAUACUGACCAUAGAAUGUAGUUCAAACUGCAUUAUUUGGCAGUAUAGAUAUGUGUUGGAGCUACCAUGCCAUAUAAUGCAGUUUGAAAUGCUAUAUAUUGUCAAUGUAGAUCCAUAUAAUGCUUUUUAAACUGCAUUAUACGAGUCUAUAUCAGGUGGGGGGCAAACUUCAGCCCCACAGGUGUUUUGGACUUCAACUCCCAGAAAUCCCAGCCAACAUACUGACUGCUGGGAACUGUGGGAGUUGAAGUCCAAAACACCUGGAGAGCCAAAGUUUGCCCAUGCAUGGUCUAUAUACUAAUGUAGUUCAAACUGCAUUAUUUGGCAGUACAGAUGUGCUGGAUCUACAAUGCUACACAAUGGUGUUUGAACUGCAUUAUAUGCAUUAUAUGGUUCUGUACAUCCAUGCCAUAUAAUGCAGUUUUAAAAGCAUUAUAUUUCUUUGUAGAUCCAGCCUCAGCCUCGAUUUGAAUUUGUGUUUAUGUUGCAGAUUCAGGACAGAGCAGGUUUUCAUCUCUCACUGAAUUGUUGCUAUAGAUGUUUUUCGGUGAUGCCUACUUUCAGAAAUCUUGAGAUAUUUAGGGGUCCUUAAAAGUAUCCAGUAUAUUAGUCACCCUCAUUUCGAGAACUGGUUUUGAAAUCACAACAGGACUAAGAUCCCUUUUACUCCCUUGGUCGGGCUUUUGGGGAGUGGCCCAAGGUCCUUUCCAGGUCUGGUUUGCUUCAGAAAGCUGUCAUUCCACUAACUCUUGGAACAUUUCCCUUUGUUCAAAUUUUAAAAAUAAUCCAAAUGAAGCAUUUUUUUAAAUUUUGCAUCAGGACAUGGCAAUGUCACUUGAACCCAGUCCUGCAGGGUCAAGGAAUUGCCCUGAGUGUGUUCGUUAAAAGGUGGGGGGAGUUAGUGAAAUUGUUUUAGUUCUGAUGUUUUGGUUUCUAAGAUUUCCAGUAGAAAAAAAGAUGUUAAAAAACAACGUAUCUAAUUGCAGGGGAAUAAACUACAGCACAUGUAACUCUGACCCAGUAUUUCAAAUGCUGUCACCUCUCAUCCUGCUACGUUUUCUGAUUAAAAACCUCAUUAUAUUGCAAAA